GACCCCCACAAAAGAGAAUAAUGCCAAAGUUCGAGCUUUGAAUGAGACUGUUCUUAGAAUCAAUAAACAGAAUGAGGAGUUACAGAUGGAAAAUAAAGCUCUCAGGGAGGACCUGAGUAGGGAAAUUGAGGGCAAGGACAAGAAAAUUAUGGGUGACUAUGAAGACAUGAACAAAAAGCAGCUAUUGUCUGUCAUCUAUAAUCUAGAAAAGAAAUUAGAGAAGAGUAAAAAAUUAGGAGACACAGAUUCCCUGCUGUCUUAUGAUGGUCGAACAGACAAGAAGCGCAGGCCUAGUUCAGCUGUGUCUAAUAAGAUAGAACUUGAGGGGACUGUACAGGACCGACUAGAUCAGCUAGACAAACGGGAAACAGAGUUACUAGAGGAAGUGGAGAAAUACAAAAAACAAGUCAAGAGACUGAAAGAUGAAAAAACAGAAAACAGACAUAAAAUGGAGGAAUACGAGAAACUGAUUAAGGAACUCCAGGCUGAGUUAGAUUACCUGAGUGACAGACAAGGGAAGGCCACGCCUAGACGAGGAGUCACCCCCCGGGCCAUCACCCCCAGGCAGCAAUCCCCCAGAAACAGUCGACCUCCCAGUGGAAGGAAAUAUUCCGUAGACAGCACCUCAUCAGAGGGACGGAGGCGGAGAAGAGAACAAGAAGAUGAGGAGAAAUUAGAAAGCUUUAUGAAGAAUCGAGCUGCCAAGAAACUACAGAAAGAAUGGAAGACACACAGGAAAGAAAAGAGAGAGCAAGAGGAGUUAAAUGAAUUAGCCAAUAAGCACCGAGAAACGGUAGCCGCUCGUAGAAUUCAGCGAGGAUGGCGGACACAUCAUAGAGAUAUGGAAGACAGAAAUCAAAAAGAGCUAGAAAGUAAGGUAGAACAAAUGAAAAGAAAACAUGCUGCCAGAAUUAUUCAGAAACAAUGGAAAAAUCACAGAACUAAUGCAGAGAAAAAGAGAGAGGUGGAUCAAGAAUUCAGUGUAGGUCUGGGGUGUAAAUUGAUGCUGCUUGGCUAAUGAAUGCUUUAUGGCAAUUUACACAUUAAAAAUGAGCUUUAUGACAUCUCUUCUGAAGUCUGUCUUUCUAUGAUAAAAUUAUUGAUUGUGUGAGUAAACCAUCUUGUACUAAAUUUACUGAAUUGUGUAAAUGUUCCCUUGUAUGUCCUAAAGUUUGUGAAUUUUAGAGCUUUCCGUGGUGUAACGCAUUUGAUAUGCUAAACGGGUAUACAAUGUCAAGGUCAUAUUCAGGUUCAACUUUAACUUGAAAUGUGCCGCUGUAGAAGAUGGUAGCUAAACAAAUGCAAUUAUUUCACUGACUGAAAAUGCUGCUAGAUAGAUUUUGUGUGUGAUUAACUGAGCUUUGCUUCGGCAUUUCAUGUUUUUGUUUUAAGCCAUUUU